GAUGUCCGGGCUCCUGAGGAUGUGUCCGAGGAUUACCGGGACCCUGCCGAUUCGCUCUCUGCAUCGUCCUUCGUGGCCCUCGCAUCCGAGGAGGCCAGACGGUCGCUAAUAGGGGAACUUCUGAGCCGAGACGUUGAGGCACAUCUGCAGGAUUCUUUGCUGUGGGCUUCGGCGAACUCUACCACCACUACAACGAGUUCAUCGACAGUUGUGUCGCCGGUCGGCAACUCGGAGGGAGACCUCGUAGCCUUCCUGGCAGCGCUGGGCGUGAGCGUUGGCGUGUCUCUGCUCUUCUGUUGCUUCUUCACUUGCUGUCGGCAGCGCUACGCGCUGGUCUAUGCACAGAAGGCGGAAACACCGGGUAGCCAUGGAAUGCAACCGCCGGACAUCACAGGCUUCUGCAGCUGGGCAGUCGAGUCUUGGAGGCUCCCUGUGGAGGAGGUUGCAAACCACGCCAAUCUGGAUCACGGAAUGUUCGUUCAGUUCUGCGAUGCAGCGACCAUGUGCCUGCUGUCCACUGGAAUCCCCUCUAUUCUGAUACUUUGCCCGCUCCAUUUCUUUGCUGGUGGGAAUGCUGCUGGAUCUGACAACCUCUCCCGCGUGGGCUUCGCAAACGUGGUGAAGGGCAGUCCUCUGACUUGGGUGCAUCCUUUCUUCGUUUGGUACACCGUCAUCGUCACCCAGGCAUUCUUGCUGAGAGCCCAGAGAGGCUUCGUUCAGAAGCGCUUCCAGUGGCUCAGGACCAUGCCAGAGCCUCGCGCGAACUCUGUGCUGCUUCACAACAUCCCCCCCGAGCUCCGUCAGGAGGCUUCCCUGAGAGAGUACCUGGAGAAGCAGAUCUUCGGAGCUGAAGGCUCCCGUCAGGUGGUGAGGUCGCUCUACUUCUUGAAGGACACCUCCGAGCUGGAGCCCUUCCUGAAGCAGCGACACCGUCUCCUCCAGGAUCACCAGAGGAUGGUGCAGGCUUCCGAGCACGAGAGGCGACAAGCCGUGUUGAACGCCGAAGUGAAGAAGGUCGAUGCCCAGUUGUUGAAGCAGCAAGCCAUCAUCGAGAGAAGCGACGAGUACAACCAGGAUACUGCGUUCGUGACCUUUGAACUCCGGCACGAUGCUGUGAUCGUCCUGAAGCUCUUUGCGGAUGGGCGUGGUGGUGAAGACCUCUUGGCCGAGCUUCCUCCGGAUCCUGACGAUGUCAUCUGGACGGAUCUGCUGGCCUCUGCACGCCUGCAAUGGCUGGGAGACACACUGGGAGUUUUCCUGUUGCUGCUGGCUUUCAUCGUGAUGAUCCCACUGGUGGCCGUCAUUGCCGGGCUGAGUUCAGAAAAGAGUUUGGAGGCGCAAGAUCCGAACUUUGCUGCCUUCAUAAAGAACAAUCCUGCAAUUCCGAUCUUCUGGAAUGGGCUUCUCGGACCUUUCUCUCUGAAUCUUGUCAUGAGCUUCCUUCCCGCAGUCCUCGCGCUGAUCCUGGGCUCCUUCUUCAUCCUGAAG